AUGCCACCCACCUUGGCACAUAUUCUGCCGUGCCAAAAACCUGGUGAUUUUUGGCGGAGUGCAGCAUGGUCCCCAGAUGGCUCGCUAUUGCUUUUGCGGUCUGAAACGCAUGCAGUCUAUGUAUACAAGUACCAUCAUCACGAAACACCACGUUUGUGCAGCACAUACCAAGCGCCGUCGCCGAUCUUAGAUCUUCAAUGGUACAUGCUCCCGGCCAUGGCGCCAAGCAACCACGAUAUCGAGCGCAGGUGGUGCUAUGUCAUAAGCUGCCGCGAUGUUCCUACUCGAUUUGUCGAUUCGAUCGAUGGCUCCACGAAAGCGUCUUAUGGUAUCAUCAAUCAUGUCGAAAUGUAUGAUCCACUCUAUGCUUUGACUUUUAGCGAUGAUGCAUCAUGGAUGUAUGCCGGCCUAAGAAAUGCGUUAGCAUUGUUCCCGCUGCACGCUGUUGGAAACAACCAUCAUCUAGCUCUGGAUCUGUCGUCACAGGCGUCAGAACAAGAUAACGGCGGACAACAUGGAAUUGUUUCUGCUUUGGCCGUCGGUUGCUCUCCGGCCGUGGCACAGCAAGAUGCCUCGGAGACGGUGCAAGUGACCGCAGUGGGUACCUUCACAAAUCUUAUUGGCAUCUACCUAACAGAAUCGCAAUGGCUUGCCGAUUUUCUCACCACAGACAAAACUUGCUCGUCGUCCAAGUGGGGUACACAAAAUCUGCUGCCGGGUGGAAGGGUCUGCUUGUGUGGCUGGACUGUACCUGAAGGUCGCGGCAUUACCCAAUUGGCUUGGCAUCCCAAAGAAAAACACAUUCUUGUCGUUUCCAUGCGUCGUGCUCCAUGUCUGUAUGUGUAUGAUACCAGUUACUUGUACGGAGCCUCUUCACCAUUUCAGUUCAAGCCACUCGCUACUUCCGACGUCUCACUUGUAGCCCGAUUGCCCCGCGACGCAGGUGAAACUCAUCAACGUCUCCAAUUCGGCAUGGAUUCCCAAGGCCAAUAUCUAGCAGCCGGUGAUCAGUAUGGUUGGAUUCGCAUCUGGUCUUGGGCUUCCAUUUUAGAACGCAAUGGAACCCCUCACGUCCAGCCUGUUGCUGAGUGGCAGGCCCAUGCAGAUGCGGUCGGGAGCGUCCAGUUUCAUCCAUUCGAUAUUCACAUCAUCGUUAGUGUCGGCGGGGCACGACAUUGGGAUCAUGAUGCCAGUCUUGAAAAGGGUCCUAUCCCCGACGAUCAGGACGCUAAAGUGUGGCGAUGGAAUACGACUGAAACAAGAUAG